AUGACGAUGAAGCAGUCGAGGUUCAAGAGGAUCUGCGUCUUCUGCGGCAGCAGCCAGGGGAAGAAGCGGAGCUACCAUGACUCCGCCAUUGAGCUCGGCAACGAGCUGGUGGCCCGGAGCGUCGACCUGGUGUACGGCGGCGGCAGCAUCGGGCUGAUGGGGCUCGUCUCCCAGGCCGUCUACGACGGCGGCCGGCACGUCAUCGGGGUCAUUCCCAAGACGCUCAUGACACCAGAGAUCAGUGGCGAGACAGUCGGGGAGGUGCGCCCGGUGGCCGACAUGCACCAGAGGAAGGCAGAGAUGGCGCGGCAAUCCGACGCAUUCAUCGCCCUGCCUGGAGGGUAUGGGACGCUGGAGGAGCUGCUCGAGGUCAUCACGUGGGCGCAGCUGGGCAUCCACCACAAGCCGGUUGGGCUGCUGAACGUGGACGGCUACUACAACUCGCUGCUGACCUUCAUCGACAAGGCCGUGGAGGAGGGCUUCAUCAACCCCAGCGCCCGCCGCAUCAUCGUCCUCGCGCCCACCGCGCAGGAGCUCAUGGACAAGCUCGAGGAGUACGAGCCCUACCACGACAGGGUGGCGUCCACGCUCAACUGGGAGACGGGCCACCAGCUGGGCUACUGA